AUGGCGACAUUGACCUUUCUGAAUACGACCGGAUCGCCGGCUCUCUCGCGGGACUUGGCUAAGAAGAUGAGAGGCCAUAUUACGCGCAUCAAUUUUGCCAAGCGGCGGGAGCGGAAAUUGACGAGGACGACAAUAUCAGAAGAGGAAAAUGACUCGGGACAAGCGGUAGUAACACUCGAGAAGCAGGAAUCCUUCGAGCUGCAGGGCCUGGCCAACCGGCUAUCACGUUCAAGCACACGCUUUACUGUCUCAACUUUCUCCCGGCUCUGGUCCGUCCUGUUUCUAAACAGCGACGCCCAUCACGGUGAUACGAACGAAGAAGCGGCCUGGCUCGGCCUGCUCAUCUCAGACCCAGCCUUUCUCAACGCGACGCUAUCUGUUGGCAUAGGCCACUGGUCGCCAGAGCCCAUCUGGAGGCGGGACUCCGGCAUCCAUUUGCACCGGGCCGUCAGUUCCAUGAUCGAGCGCAUAGGAUCCGGUAGGGGUUUUACUGAUGGGGGGUUGGGUGCGGCGCUGACUAUGGCAUUUGGGGAGCGGCUGGCGCAGAACGACUCUGGCUGGAACGUUCAUGUUAGUGGCGUGGCACAAAUGAUCCGUGAGAGGCGGUCCCGGGGCAUUGCUCAGGAGCCGUCAUGGUUCUUUGGUCUUAUGGCCUGGACGAUCGUUGACGCCCUAGGCACUCGGAGCAACCAAGUCUUGACACUUAUAGCAGAUGUGGUCGACAAGCUUGUAGCGCUACGGAAAACCAUCAAGGCUUACCACGAAGAUUCAACGGGAUCCGAGUCUCUGCUGGGAGAGAUUUCAAAGGGUGUACAAGAAGUGUACACUGAGGCAAAGGCCCUCCAAUCCAACAGUUGCCCAGAAGUCAAAGCAGCAGCACUCUCCGUCCAAAUACUCCUUCAUCUAUCAUGGCCCUCUUCAUCCCCUGAAAAUCUCACACUCCUUGCCAAUAAUCUACGAGCGGCACUGGAUACACGGAAAUUAAUCCAGUGUUCCUAUAUGGACAUGACGUCCUGUCAGCUCAUGCUCGGCGCUAUGUCAGCUGACUACGGGUCCGAAACAAAAGCCUGGUUCACAGGAAGACUCAAAGCCGCAGUGAUAUCUCUUCGGUCUCGAGGAUUGGUCAGGCCGUUUAUGGUCACCGAUGACGGCUUGGUUUUGGACCAGGCCUUGAUGGAGCCGUUCAGGAACAUAGUAGCAGUACAAUGCUGGAAACCUGUACAUGGGUAA